AUGGGCAAUAAAGCCGGAAAAUUACUAGCAAACCAACUGAAAUCUAAAUAUCUUCAAACGAAAAUCCCAUACAUUCUCUCAAAGUCACAGAUAAAAAUAUAUAAUCCUACCGACAUAGUGAACGAAUUAGCAUCUUUCUAUGAAGAACUAUACAACCUAGACGCAAACGAGAAUACGCACACCCCAGACAAAACAGAAAUUCUAACCUAUUUAGAAAAAAUACAAUUGCCAAAAAUUUCACAACAACAAAAUAACGCGCUUACUACCCCGUUCACGGAAUCCGAAGUAGCUGCGGCUAUCAAAUCUCUCCCCAGGCAUAAAGCCCCAGGCCCAGAUGGUCUCCCGAAUUACUAUUAUCUUAAAUUAGAACCAUACCUAUCCCCGCACAUAACCAAACUUUUUAAUAAAAUAAAAGAAACUGGCCACUUCCCUAGAACCAUGUUGGAAGCAUACGUCAUUACCCUACCCAAGCCGAAUAAACCACCCACUUCCUGUGGCAAUCUACGACCAAUUUCGCUAUUAAAUGCUGAUGUGAAGCUCUAUGCAAAACUUGUAGCCACAAGACUGAAACCCUUGCUAUCUACCUUGGUUUCGGAAGAACAAGCAGGCUUCGUGCCUGGCAAGCAGGUGGGAGACAAUACCAGAUUUUGCAUGGACCUCAUCGACUGGGCAACUCGUCAACGUGUGUCCGGGGUCUUAA